AUGGAAUGGCGAUCUCCCCCGCAUAAAGUAUCAUCUCGUCAUCCCCGUCGCUCGACGUCCGUUGUUCGCUGGCUGCUGUACUUACUCGUACUAAGCUGCAUCUCUUCCUUAUCGCUGCUGUUGGUAUGGUCCAAUGAUUCGCUCUCCCCAGCUCUGAGAUUCACGAAUGACCCCGAUGACCUCACAUCAAACCAACAAGCGAGCGUCAAGGUGCUCCCGCUGGGUGACAUGAGACAGCGCACAUUUCGCUGCAUUAGCUGGCGAGCCACGUCGAAUUGCACUCCAUUUGGACCUCGAAUCCCUGCGCAAGAUCAGCCUUGCAGCAGGACAUUGUACAAUGCCAAUGCUGGGUACUGUGAGCUUGAGGACACUCAGAGUGGAGAACGUUUCCAGGUCAUGCGACGACAUUGCACCAGUCUCUUUGAAGCGGCUUAUUUUCGUUGUCAAGAUGCAUUAGCCUUUGUGGAUUUCAGAUUGAAGGCACUAAAGGCCGUUGAGAAAGCGCUCGUGCCAGGGUUCGCGUUACCAAACGUGGUGAGAGGAUCACUAGAUCCACCGAAGGAUGGGAUCAUUAUUGCGGUCUAUCCGAAGCUUGUUGCGAGUGCAUACGCGUUGGUCCGUACGCUUCGGAAAGUAUUACACUGCCACCUACCCAUUGAGCUCUGGUAUUGUCCACAGGAAUUGUACAGCUUCCCUGGUCCUCUUACUCCGUUGAAACACCUCGUUAACUCAGACCCCACUAUCACUUUUCACAAGAUCGACGAUACUCGAGCUAUGGGCUUUGGUGCGAAGGUUUUCUUAAUCUACAACAGUUUACUGGACCGCGUACUGUUUCUUGAUGCCGACAAUUUCCCCGUUCGAGAUCCUAGCUGGCUAUUCCAAGCCUCUAAAUUUGUGACUACGGGUGCCCUAUUCUGGCCGGAUUUCUGGCAUCCCAAACGAACAAUCUUCAAUAUCCACGAGAAAUCGAUGCUCUGGGAGCUGCUGGACGUGUCUUUCACCGACAUGUUCGAGCAAGAGAGUGGGCGACUUCUUGUCGACCGACGAAGACAUGCAGCUCCGCUGAAAUUAGCAUUCUUCUACAUGUUUCAUCAACCCAAUUACUUCACUAAACUCAAGGUAGCGCAUGGUGACAAGGAUCUCUUCCGGUUCGCAUGGCUUAUGUUGAAUGCCUCUUUUCACAUGGUGCAGUCACCUCCAGCUGUAGCGGGAAAAUUGAUCAACGACACCUUUUGCGGCAUGACAAUGGUGCAAUUCGAUCUCGAAGACAGCGUGCUCUUUCUGCAUCGGAAUCAAUUCAAACUCACCGGGAAACUCGCAGGACUUAAGAAGAGAAAAGCUCCCGAGGCUGAUGGACUACCUGAUCAAGUUAUCUGGACGCAUCUACUCUCCUUUAACAACACAUACGAUACGGAACACUACAUCAUCGACACUUACAGAGCAGACCCAGUCUUCCCGAAAUCCCAGAGCUGUUUCGGUAAACGCAAACUAGACAAGAACCCACACUUUACUUCACAGAACUUCAGUACCUUUAACUUUGCAGGUUUGGAGAAUAAGGUCCGCCAAUUCGCUCUAGAUGCUGUUAACCUGCUUCCAGCUAGACACAAUGUAGAUACCUUACGGCAAAGGCUGGCUGGAUAA